AGCUAUGUUGCAUAACACAUACAUACAUCCACACAAGCCAACAGCAGAUAAUAUUCAAUCAUAUAUAUGGUAAUGGCUAUAAUGUAAAACACAGGAUCCAACAGUACCGAGACCCAAAAGUGCGAUGAUUAACCGCGACAUCGACUCGAAGAGUGUACCGAGGCCAAAAGUGCAGUUUACCGUGACCCGUCGAAGAAAGUCAAGUUCAGUCUUGGUGCCAGGCUGCGUGAAACGGGAGAGAUGUUCGUUGUGCCCGACUGCCACCACAAUAUGAGAAUCAGAGAGCUAAAAAACACCAUGGAAUUAGUGGUUGGGAUUCCCACAGACUUCCAGAGAGUAUGCUACCUGGAUAAUGGUGACCUAUGUGAUGACACCACUAUUCACUGUAAUGACAUCGUCCCUGGAACUACUGUCACCCUGAUGAUCUGGCCUUAUGAUGGAUGGGCUGAGCUUGUGAUCGCUGCAGCUACUGGCAAUGUAUUCAAGCUCAAGAGUGUGAUGUCCAAACCAGCACCGCCACGUUCCUCCCAUCUCAGUGCUAUGGGUUCUAUGAGUGGAGCUCCUUCCUGGCUCUCUCACCGUCUCUUCUCUGCUCUGUUCAUCAGUGCCCACCGUGGACACAUGCCCGCUGUCCGCUUCCUGCUCCAACAAGGGGCCAACGUUAAGGGCCAGACUCCCCUGGGGCGCGGGGCCCUCCACGCGGCAGCCGCCCAGGGCCAGUUGCAGUCCAUCCAGGAGCUACUGGUGCGCGGCGCCCCACACCAACUGGAGGACGCUGAGGGCAUGACAGCUCUGAGAACCGCCAUGCGCUGGGACCAGAGGAAGAGCACCCGGCAGCUCUUCCUCUUCCACUGGCAGGAGCGUGCGCAGGGCGUGCGCCUCAAGCCUCACCUGGAUGAGACAGAGCUGUUCGCCCACCAGAAACAUGACUCCCAACUAUGCACCUGGCACCGUGGUGCCCACGCUCAGAGAUACAUGGCCCACCUGAGGUGCUGUAGCCGUGGGGUGGAGGGCAUGGUGGAAGUGAGGCAGCUGGGGCCGCCGCAGAACACGGCCAUGAGGGCCCAGGCAAGGAGGGCGUGGAUGGGGGAUGCGUGACCAGAGCUGCAUGUCAAGAACAGGGCAGAUGGCCAAGAGCCUGGUCCUGGAGAGCCGUGCACACAGGAUUUUAUUCCAGCCCAGCACCAACACACCAGUUCCUAACUACUCUGGAUUGAAUCGCAUGAGCAGUCGGGUCAUUUGAAUCAGAUGUGGUAGUGUUGUGGUAGUGUCAGCCUCCAGUAUUUAUGCUGCAGUAGUUUAUGUGUCGGGGGGCUGGGGUCAGUUUGUUAUAUCUGGAGUACUUCUCCUGUCCUAUUCGGUGUCCUGUGUGAAUCUAAGUGUGCGUUCUCUAAUUCUCUCCUUCUCUCUUUCUUUCUCUCUCUCGGAGGACCUGAGCCCUAGGACCAUGCCCCAGGACUACCUGACAUGAUGACUCCUUGCUGUCCCCAGUCCACCUGGCCAUGCUGCUGUUCCAGUUUCAACUGACCUGAGCCCUAGGACCAUGCCCCAGGACUACCUGACAUGAUGACUCCUUGCUGUCCCCAGUCUACCUGGCCAUGCUGCUGCUUCAGUUUCAACUUCCACCUGACUGCUGCUGCUCUAGUUUCAACUGUUCUGCCUUAUUAUUAUUUGACCAUGCUGGUCAUUUAUGAACAUUGAACAUCUUGACCAUGUUCUGUUAUAAUCUCCACCCGGCACAGCCAGAAGAGGACUGGCCACCCCACAUAGCCUGGUUCCUCUCUAGGUUUCUUCCUAGGUAUUGGCCUUUCUAGGGAGUUUUUCCUAGCCACCGUGCUUCUACACCUGCAUUGCUUGCUGUUUGGGGUUUUAGGCUGGGUUUCUGUACAGCACUUUGAGAUAUCAGCUGAUGUACGAAGGGCUAUAUAAAUAAAUUUGAUUUGAUUUGAUUUGAUUUGUUGGGUUGGAACAAAAACUUGCUAACAGACAAUGUUUCCCCCUUGUUCAUUUAGUCAGAAGUUUGCCUACCUCUCCCACAUCGGACGUUGAGUAAGCACUUUCGCAAUCGUUCCGAGCAGCAAGACUCCCUUCAUGAAAUUAUCAAGAAGCAGAAAAGUAGAUGAACUGACAUUUACAGUGCCUUGCGAAACUAUAUAAUCAAGAUAAACCAGUGAAAAAAAGGUGCAGCAAAAAGGUGUAAUCACAUUAGUCAGAGAUGGGGAAAUAAGAACCUGGACGACAGAAUGUGACAUUGCUUAUUGGUGAAUGAAAGUAGAAACCAGAGAGAAAAAAUAUAUAUAAAUACUGUAUGAUAAAAGCCAAUUCAACGGGAGUUGACAACUGUUAAAUGGGAAAUAAAGUACCUUUAAGGUUUAAA